CUCAAAACUCUCUUUCUUCAUCUCUCUGCAAUUAAUGGAACCUGUCCUUGUCGCAAUGGCCGUAACCGCCAUGUCAGAAGACGACGGAUUUUCGUUAAUCACCGAUAAAGUUUCAUAUAAUCUAACAGCGUCGGACGUUACUAUCGUUACCUCCGGCAACCGUCGGAUUCCGGCUCAUUCCGGUAUUCUGGCUUCGGCUUCACCGGUACUAAUGCACAUCAUGAAGAAACCGGUGAGACGUUACCGACGUUAUGGAGCAAAGAGAGCAAUCAAGAUUCUUGGCGUUCCAUGCGAUGCCGUUUCUGCCUUUAUCAGAUACCUUUAUUCUUCUAGUUUGACGGAGGAUGAGUUGAAAAAAUAUGGGAUCCAUCUUUUAGCGUUGUCUCACGUGUACAUGGUGACGAAUCUUAAGCAACGCUGCUCAAAAGGCAUUGUUGAGCGUUUAACGGUGGAGAACGUUGUCGAUGUUCUGCAGCUGGCUAGGCUGUGCGAUGCUCCGGAUGUGUGUCUCAAAUCUAUGCGCCUUAUCCAGUGUCAGUUUAAGACUGUUGAACAGACUGAAGGAUGGAAGUUUCUACAAGAACACGAUCCUGUUCUUGAGCUCGACAUCCUCCAGUUCAUCGACGACACUGAAUCGAGGAAGAAAAGAAGACGGAGACAUAAAAAGGAACAGAAUCUGUACAUGCAACUAAGCGAGGCAAUGGAGUGUAUAGAGCAUAUAUGCACACAAGGUUGUACGUUGGUCGGUCCAACAAACAUUGUAGACGAUAACGAGUCAACGGCUGUUCCGUUUGGGGCGAAGUCAAAGCCUUGUAAGUCGUUUUCGACGUGUUACGGCCUCCAGCUUUCGAUACGUCAUUUUGCCGUAUGCAAGAAGAGGAGUGACGAGAAAGGCUGUCUUCGUUGCAAGCGGAUCCUUCAACUUCUAAGACUCCAUUCUUCUAUAUGUGAUCAGCCUGAAUCUUGUCGGGUCCCUCUUUGCAGGCACUUUAAGAAAAGGGUAGAACAAGACAAAAAGAUGGGCGAAGACACCAAGUGGAAGCUUUUGGUGAGGAGAGUGGCGUCUGCAAAAGCUAUGUCUUCAUUGUGUCAGUCAAAGAAGAAGAAAUGUGAUGGAGGAGGAUUAGUCAGGAACAGAACAUGAAGGAGUUAGGUUUGUAGAUAAUACUGAAUAUUACUUAAGGAUCUUCCUUUAAGUCUUUUUUGUUCAUUUGAUUUGUUUCUUUUGUAGUAUAUAUGAUUGGAAUUCUUAAUACUAUCAUGUAUCCUUUGAUCGGUGUAGAGGGUUUAGUUUGUAGAUGCAUGCGUAAACCCUUUAAAAUUGGCAGUGUGUAGGCCACAUUUGUUUGUUUAUUUUACCUCAAAUAUCAGCAUGUAAUAAAUACAAGGUUAAAUGAAGAGAAAAUUCCA